AUGUCUAAACGAUUUUACUUCCCGCAACAGCAUGGUGAAAGAAAAAAGGCAAAGUUGGAUAUUACUAUAUCUGACCACAACUUUCCUUUAAGUCAAAAUGGUGAUAGAGACCAAGAUAAUUGGGGAGAUGAUAAUGACGACGAAAUACUACUAUUAGCAAGCCAGGCCUGUGAACAGGCCUACAGUGGCAAUACUAGUACACUACCAGAUUACAGUAUUUGUAUGCAACCAUCUUCUACCAGCACACAAAUUUUUGAACCCACUUCCAGUACUUCUAAAACCACUUUUACAUUUAAAAAACCAACGGCUGAUGCUCUAUCCACUGUCUCAACAAAGUUAAGAGAUAAAUGUGAACUCAUAUCAUCCCCAUUACCUGGCAUGUCCAAAGUUAUUCAGAAAACCAAUCCAGAUAGUUUGGCAGAAGACAUGAUAUUUAAUGACAAAAUCUACCAAAGUGAUGCUGACUAUGUCUAUCGUCAAUUAUUACAACUCCGAGAAGAAAACUCAAAGCUUAAAUCAGAGAAUGGAAAGUUGCUGGAAAAAUAUGUCACCAAAGAGGGGGAAGUGUCAAUUUUACGCACUCAAUUGAAGACAAGCCAAAUGGCUGCGGAUAAUGCAAGAUUAGAGAAAAUUAAGGUACAGGAAAAAGUGCAAAUGGAAUGGACAGAUAAAUUGGCCGCAGUCAAUAAUCAGUUGCAAGAUUUAAGGACUCAGUUGGAUUUUAAGAAUCUUGAGAUAACUAGCAUAAAGGAAAAAUGCAAGAUGCUGGAAUCUUCCAAAGUAAAACUGACUCAGGUGACUGUAGCUAAGAAUGACAUAUCAACUAGUCAUAGACACAACAAUAGCUAUGCAGUACCUAGUGAUUAUUUGCCAUCACAUUUAAAAAGGGUAAAGACUCUAACUAAAAAUGUGCAGACUGAACACCAUACAUCUCCGUGUUUACUCCAACUUAACGUAGUUUAUAGAGAUGAACAAGGGAAGCUUAAUCAAGUUCUACCCCUCACAGUAGAACCUUCAGCAGAGCAGCACUCACUUCUUGAAUACAAUGAGAAACUGCAAAGGCCAAAUGACAGCAUUCCUAAUAGGUGUAAAGUCUUCAGCACUUUCCACAGGAUACCUAAUACUCCAAGUCCUAGUAAAGUUAGCAGUAUGAACAUAAUCACCUUGAGUGAUAUCUAUGAGGAUUUGGCAUUUAUCUCUGCUGAUAAAGAUAUAGAGAAAAUGCAUCAGAGUUAUAAAAAUGUUUUCAGAGCAGCACAAAGCUCACUGAAAGAAAUCGUUCAUCAACUUGAGACGUUGAUGCAUAGAACGACGACUGCAUUCCAAAAGGAAAUGGACGAAAAAUACAUUGAAGCAACUGCAAACUUUUUAGUUAUAACAGACGAAGAUUUGGUUUGUGGAAAACCACUUUACAAGGAAGAGCAGGCAAUCACUGCUAGAAGAAUCACCGCUAUAGUAUACCACAUUCUAGAAAAUUCCAAAGCUGCACAACUGCUUAGUAUAGAAGAUAACAACGCUGCAACAGGACAAGAAAGUACUUUAAUUGAACUCAUUAAUAGGAUAUGCACUCUAUUGGAUGAUACAUCCUGUGCCAUUUUAUACAGCGGACUACUGCAAUCAGUUACCAAACUUUUGGGCAGAGUUUUGACACAUCAACAAGCAAAUAGGACAUUUAUUCUCAAUGUAAUAAAGACUAUAAUAGAUUCAAGGCCGAUGCUGUUCGUCUCGUGUGAAACAUUACGAAUAUUAAGGGUCCUGACGUCGACAGAACCCCUAGGAAACUUUUGUUGUGGCGGCAACACUGGAAAUUUAAAGCUUGAUUAUGAUCAAGGUGUAAUUUUAUAUAAGAAAGACUCGUGCUUUCUGCAAGUGCUUCUAAAACAAAUCGAAGCUGCGCUCAAGUGUAUAGAGAAACAGAAUUUAAUAGAGCAAGCAGUCAGUUUGACUCGGGAUCUUCUUCUGUUUUAUAUUGACCUGAGUUAUAGUUGCAGUGAUAAUCCAGAUAAGCCGAGCUGCGAGUGCAGACUGACGUUCCUGCAAGUGAUAGUGUUCGCGCUGAGAAUUUGCGCCGUUAUGUUGGAAUGCAACAAAGUUAGAGAAUCGGAAAAUGCGGAACUGAUGUCAGUGUGCCGCAGCGGGCUGCAAGUGUUAUACCGGCGCGUGCUCUGUGACUUAGAAUUUUGCCCACUGCUGGGAUACAACGAGGGGCACCUCAUCGAGUUUUGCGAAAUUCUGCGCGGAUCCUCACACGACGAAUUAUAUUGCAACAUGUUGUCUGAGCUGCGCUCAGCGCUCCUCAGUCCUGAAGAUGCGACAUCAGGACACCGUCAGCCCUGGAUACACAGCUUCCAAAACUUCUCCAUCUCGGACUGA